UGUACCAAAUCACGCAUCCCCACAAACGAACUUCGCGAUGUAUUUCUCUCGUGCUGCGCACUUGGUUUUGCUCUUUGAGCAGAUCUAUGCUAUGCAGCCCAAACCCAGAACAUUCCUGCACAAGACCGUCUACGACGCAAAUGCCAUCGAGCAACUUGCUAAUCAGUUGCCUCCUGGGGUCACCAAAGACUUGUUCCAAAGUUUCUCCCUUUGUGGGACGUGCAAGGCCUUCAAGCGGUUUGGUGAAGAGCAUGACGGUGGCUAUUUGCAUUGCAUGGAUUCCUUGCAGCCUUCCACUUUGCGAGCUGCUUAUUCCAUGGGCGUGGAGCAACAUGACCAGUGGUCACUAGACGUUUUCAACGCCUUCAACAUCCCGAUCUUUCAGUAUGAUUGCACUGUUUCAACCCCAGCGCAAGUUUGCGAGAAGUGUCAAUUCUUCCCAGCUUGUAUGGCGUCAAAGGAAUUGAACAAAUUCCCGGGAAAGACCACUUGGACAUUGAAAGAGGCCAUUGACCAGUCAAAGAUGUCGGAUGCUCCAGAUCGGAGUUUGCUGAUGAAGAUGGACAUCGAGUUUGGAGAAUGGUCCACGUUGACCGACAGUGACAUGGCAAUUUUGAAGAAAUUUCGACAGCUUGUCAUUGAGUUCCAUGGCCUGGAGCACGAACAAAACCACAAGACUUACCUCCAAACAAUGCAAGCGUUGCAACAUGCAGGCUUCAAGGUGGCACACGUCCACGGCAACAACUUCGCCUCAACCUACGUGAAGGAAAAUUUCAAGAUCCCCAUGGUUGUGGAGGUGACCUUGGAUGCAUCAGUUGCCAUGUUGCCCAAAUGUCGUGAUCCCAACUAUGAGGAGCUGGACCGUCCAAACAACGUGGCAGGUCCAGAAAUCCGUGACAUUCAUACCGAGCCGACUGAGCGCGAGUAGCCGGGCGGCCGAGUAGCCGAUGGUCUGAGGAUCUGAGCGGCUAGAGCUGUG